AUGAACGUGUUCUACGACAAGGCGGUCCCCGGCGAGGGCCUGGCGUUCGUCAUCGCGCCCUCGCUCGACAAGCCGCCUCCCGGCAGCCACGGCGGGUUCCUCGGCCUCACCAACGCGACGCUGCAGGCCGCCGGCCCAUCCAAGAACCGCUUCGUGGCGAUCGAGUUCGACACCUUCAACCAGAGCCACGACCCGAGCGCUAACCACGUCGGCCUCGACAUCGGCAGCGUCGUGUCCAACGCCACGGCCAACCUCGCCGACUUCAACAUCACCAUCGCCACCAACGCCCAGACGUCCGCCAACUACACCGUCUGGAUCGAGUACGACGGCGUGGGCCGGCGUGUCACGGUGUACAUGGGCGGCAAGGGGAAACCGAAGCCGGCGACCCCGGUCCUGGCCAGCCCGCUGGACCUCAGCGAGCACGUCCCCGAGCAGGCAUACAUCGGCUUCACGGCUUCCACGGGCACCACCUUCGAGCUCAACUGCAUCCUGGAAUGGAGCAUGUCAAUCGAGACCUUCCCCAAGAAGGAGAAGAAGGAGUGGAUAAUCCUCGUCGCCGUCUUCGCGUCCGUCGCCGUGAUCGCCACCGCCAUUGCCGCCUUCUUCCUGGCCAGAAUGUCGCGGGCGAGGCGCAAGAUACAGAGGAGCCAGACGCGGCUGGGGCACACGCUGAGCCACCUCCCGGGGAUGCCGAGGGAGUUCUCGUACGAGAUGCUGAGGAAGGCGACCAAGAACUUCGACGAGCGGCUGCGGCUGGGGAAAGGAGGGUACGGCGUCGUGUACAAGGGGACGCUCCCUGCCGAGCACGGCCAGACGGAGCCGUCCGAGGUCGCCGUGAAGAAGUUCAUCCGGGAUGAUGCCAGGUGCGUCGAGGACUUCGUCAAGGAGGUGGACAUCAUCAACCGCCUUCGCCACAAGAACAUCGUGCCCCUCAUUGGUAUGUGCAUGAAUCCCUCACUUAAUCACAUGAUCAUUGUUUAUCAGCCGAGACUUGACUAG